UCAAACGGCGAAACCACAGACCGAGUGAGCGGGGAGUCGAGGCGGUACGACGCUGAGAAUAUACAGAGAAAACGCUGGGAUAUUACACUUUAUUGUCCUUUUAUUCUGGUGGGAAUGUGGAUUUGAAAAACUACGAUGAAAUUAAAUCAAAUGGAGUGCCACGUCUGCGGGAGAAAGUAAAGAAAGAGAGGUAAAGUAGAAUAAUCCCAAACUUCAUUUCCAGCCAGCGGGUCUGAGUCGGACUUUUUGGGCUCCGUCUAACUGCUGAGGUUGGUGGAUGUGAUGUUAGUCUGACCUGACUGGCUACUCUGCUUCAUCGACACACUUUCCCAUGGAGCCUUGUACCGACACGGACACUAUUCUACCAUGGAGCCACCAGUCAGGGUUUUGGAGGCCAAAGAGCUUGUGAGACAGAAGAGGACCUGAUACUGUGAUACCACCCCCAACACCUGAAGACCCAUCCAUUGGUUUCCACGUACCAACGCUCCUGCUCCUACACCGGCUCAACAUAUAUGUCACUCUGAGGCCUGCCUCAACCCACCCUCCCUACCUCCCAGGGACCUGCUGUGGAUUAUAGACUUUUUUUUUAUCAGGACCGGAGGGUCUCCAACACACUAACCAGUUGAUCAAGAAGCUCCUUAUCCCUGAGCACAGCCCUACCUGGGACCACUUCAGGUCCAGUCUGAGUUCAGUCCUGCUGCAGGAUGGCAGGUUUAACAUUUUGUUUGGCUGUGAUGGCCAGUGCUCUUCUGUUGACCCUCAGAGCUGAUGCUGCUGGUCAGAAUCCAGACCACGUCCUGCAGGGGACAGGGGUUAAACCUGGGGCACAGCGACCUUGUGGGGACUCGACCAUCGCACCCGAGGACGCUGCCCGUUUUCUCAGCUGUUACUGCUCAGGACACUGUCCUGAAGACGCCACCAACAACACCUGCCAAACAAACGGUCAGUGUUUUGCCAUCAUUGAGGAAGAUGAGCAUGGUGAAGCCAUCCUCACCUCGGGCUGCAUGACGUAUGAGGGCUCACACUUCCAGUGCAAGGACUCUCCAAAAGCUCAGACCAGGAGGACCAUUGAGUGCUGCAACACCGACUUCUGCAACAGAGACCUGCAGCCCACCCUCCCCCCACAGGCUCCUCCCGAGGGAAGCCCCCACUGGCUCGCCUUCCUGAUCUCCAUGAUGGUCUGCUGCUGCACUCUGAUCUGUGUCACUGUCGUCUGCUACUACAGGUACAAGUGGAAGACUGAGCGUCGGCGGUAUCACAAAGAUCUGGAGCCGGAAGUUUUCAUCCCAUCUGGAGAGUCGCUCAAAGACCUCAUCCACCAAUCUCAGAGCUCAGGCAGUGGCUCGGGGCUCCCCCUGCUGGUGCAGCGAACCAUCGCCAAACAGAUACAGAUGGUGCUUCAGAUCGGGAAGGGGCGGUACGGCGAGGUGUGGCUGGGCCGCUGGAGGGGAGAGAAGGUGGCCGUCAAAGUCUUCUUCACCCGAGAGGAAGCCAGCUGGUUCAGAGAGACUGAGAUCUACCAGACCGUCCUGAUGAGACACGAAAACAUUCUUGGUUUCAUAGCGGCUGACAUUAAAGGAACAGGCGCCUUUACGCAGCUCUUCCUCAUCACGGACUAUCACGAGAACGGCUCUCUGUACGACUACCUGAGGCUGACCACGCUGGACACGCAAACUCUGCUGCGGCUGGCGUACUCGGCUGCAUGCGGCCUCUGUCACCUGCACACAGAGAUCUACGGCACGCAGGGGAAACCAGCAAUCGCCCACCGAGACCUGAAGAGCAAAAACAUCCUUAUGAAGAAGAACGGCACCUGCUGCAUCGCCGACCUCGGCCUCGCCGUCAAGUUCAACAGUGACACUAACGAGGUAGACAUCCCUCUGAGCACCCGGGUGGGGACGAGGCGCUACAUGGCCCCCGAGGUCCUGGACGAGAGCCUCAACAAGAAUCACUUCCAGGCUUACAUCAUGGCCGACAUGUACAGCUACGGCCUCGUCAUCUGGGAGAUGGCCCGACGCUGCGUCACCGGAGGUAUGGUGGAGGACUACCAGCUGCCGUACUAUGAGAUGGUGCCCUCUGACCCCUCCUAUGAGGACAUGCUGGAGGUGGUGUGCGUUAAAGGACUGCGGCCCACAGUGUCAAACCGCUGGAACAGUGACGAGUGCCUUCGAGCCAUGCUGAAGCUGAUGUCAGAGUGCUGGGCUCAUAAUCCUGCCUCACGCCUCACCAUCCUUAGAGUGAAGAAGACGCUCGCCAAGAUGGUGGAGUCCCAGGACAUCAAAAUCUGACCGCCCUCUACAUCAUCCUCAAUCUCUUCCGCGUCCCAUCACCUCCACCAACAGACUCAUCUGAACCCAGAACACACCCAGCCUGACCUGGAGCAGGAUCAGACCGGACUGGCUUCUCCAACCUCAGUAUAUCAACCUUCAUCAGGAUGGGGGAGAGGAGGAGGAGUUGGGAGAUAAGAAAGGACCCAUCAGAGGGCUGAGCUGUGCUCCUCCUUCUCCUUCCUCCAUUCUGGAAAUAAAACAUGGAGUCCUCCCUCCUCAUACUCCUCCUCCUUCUGGCUCGUAGGUGGCGAGACAGCCAGUUUGACGCUUUCUGUGAAAGCCAAACAAGACGAUAAUUUUGACGAGGGCUUCCUGUUGGAGGGGAGGGGAGGGUUCUUGACACUCGUUGUGACUGAACCAUGAAAAUGAAAAACAUUUUUCCUUUUUUCUUUUUUUUUUUUAAAGGACCCGCCUGGCCCAGCCUUCCUCCACUUCUGCCUGUUUCAGAAUGCCAAUUUAUUACUUUAUUGUUACUUUCUCUUCAGGACUGAGUUCUCCUGCCAUAUUGAAAUAUAUCUCCACUCUGAAAGUAGAGUUAAUUAUAAAGAGAAAUAAGGUACUAUUAUAAUAUGUGAAUUUUAAUGUGUAAAUAAAUGUUAUCAUUGGAUACCGUGCCUACUCAUAAGAAGAUUAAAAAACCAGAACACUAUGCUGCAGUGGUGUUGACGUCCAGCUGACUCCAGGAGAGGAUGGUGUCGCCAUGGAGACGUCUCCCGUCCUGUCUGUCUGUCCGUGUUGUGGUUUAUGUCUGUCUGUCUGUCAGCUGCUCUAAAGAUGUGGAGCUGCUCGAGUGUCAGAGAAGAGACAUCAUUGGUCGAGUUGAACCUCAGUGGGUGGAACUAACGAGCAUAGUGUCAGUCCUAAACAAGAACUGCAGAUCUGUUCAGCGAGCCAUAGAGAAGUACACAAGUCCCUCCCCUUAAUGCCAAUAGAAUAUUCAAUUUUUCAUGUUUGGGGGUGUUUAAACUCCUUUUGGCUUUGAGAAGCUUUUAUUCUAACAGUUGCAACAAAAAAGUCUAGAAAAAAUGCGCAAGACAAUGAAAUGCAUAAGAAACCAAAAUGUGAAUUUUAAUACCUAAGUUAAACGUAAUGCAGUUAUUAAACAAAAGAUAAAGAGGAGUAAAAGUUAACAUGAAACAGUUAAUGGACUUAAAGAUGUCCAAAAUCAUUUUCCCUGAAUUAGAAAAUGUGUUCCCUAGCUGUGUAAUCUGUGACUUAGAGUUUGGACCUUAAACAAUCCAAGGUUCAAAAGAAAAGCUAAAGGAGGUGAUCGACCAGGAGAGGGAAUGUUACCUUUAAGUGUAAAACAAAGUAACAUUUUGUUUCCUCCUGACGGUUAUUAGCGAACUUAGCGUGCUCGUUGUGAGGUUGUGGCUCAUAAAGUUGGACUUACAGUUUCUAAACCCAACAGCUAACCUUCUUCCUGUUGGCUUAAAUCUUUGUCGCUCAGCUUUGAAAAUGGUUUGUAGAUUUGUUUAGGCUCCUCCCACUCAGGUUUUACUUGUUCACUCAGAUUGUUUCUAAUAUUCUGUGUCUUGUGUUUUUUCUUUCUCUCAGUUUUUUUCUUCCUAAAGCAUUAAAAUCGAUGAACCCUUUCAGAGACAAUUCAGACAAAACUCCCUUCUUAAGAAUAUUUGAGAAAACAAGCGGAGAGUGCAGAAAGCUUUGUGCAGCUGGAAGACUUAAAGCAGGGGUGUUCAGUGUGAUUCAUCACCUGUUUUAUCUGGUCUAUUAAAAGGUUUAGAGAAAGAAACAAGAUUGUGAUUUUGUAGCUGCAGAGCUAGGUCAGCAGUCUGUCUUUGCUUCCAGUCUUUGUGCUAAGCUAGGCUCAACAGCUGGAUCCUCUCGAAACACCCAGAUGAAAUGUUGGACUGUUCCUUUAAAUAUUUUCUGGUUUUGGCUCCUGUCGGAUGUGCACAUGUUGCCUAGUGUGCAAGUUCUCUCAGAUCAUGUGUGAGCGUGAGUUAGUGUGUGUGUGCGUGUCUGUUUGUGUGAGCAUGCGAGUGUGUGUGUGUGAAUGCUUGUAGCUUACAGUUCAUACAUUAGCUGUUUAAGAGCAGUAUCUUAGUGUUUUUCUCUGUAAUAAAUAUGCAAGAAAACAAACCCCUGUAUAGGAAUAAUCUCUAAUAUGUAAAUCUAUAAUGUUUUUUUUUUUUUUUGGUGUUGUUAUUUUGUACAGCAUCUGGUUCGGUGCCUUAUGAGUUUACCAAGGAAAUGAAAAAACUCUGUAAACAGUCUGUCCAAUGUAACGAUUUCUAAGUAAAUAACCUUAUUUUAGUACACAAA